AUGAGACACUACAACUUCGGCGUCGAGAUAGAAUCGAUAGGAAAGCCCUACGGCGGCUGCGAAAGUUUCACAAACGUCGACUGGUACCGCCAACUUGCUCAAAAGCUUCAAAACCGCGGAAUCGACGCCGUACACGACGACUGUUCCAAAUACAGCAAACACCCCGAGUACUACGGCGGAAAAUGGUUCGUAACUCGCGACGGAUCUCUCAAACGACCCCGUCCAUUCGUCUGCAUGGAAGUCGUAUCCCCCCGUCUAGACACAACCCUCCACCUGACCCGUAUCCUCAGCGACUUCUGGGAAGCCAUGCGCGUGCACUUCAACCCGCAGCGCGAUCCCUCCUGCGGCGGCCACGUCCACGUCACGCCCGUAAGCCGCAAGAACAAAUUCAAGCUCAGCACCCUAAAGAAGAUUGCCUUCGCCGCCAUUGUUUACGAGGACUUCAUCUUCUCCAUGUUGCCGGCCACACGCCGCGAGAACCAGUACUGCAAGCUGAACAGCCUGAGCGCCGAGGCGGGCGUGUGCGAGACCUUACUCUGGGGGAAGUCGACGGCGAGUUUGAAGCAGGUCGCUAGUGAGAUUCGGGCGCUGCCGAAUGAGACGGAGAUUUAUCUGUACAUGCAGGGGAAUCGGUAUGUGUUGUGGAACUUUCAGAACAUCUUUCCGCAUCCCAAGACGGGGAGGUGUACGGGGACGGUGGAGUUUCGAGGGGGGAAUCAGUUUCUCGGGACGAAGGGGACGUUGGCGUGGGUUGCGUUUGUGUUGGGGUUUAUUACACUGGCUGCUAAGGAGAAUCUUAUUAAGCGGUUUUCGGAGUAUGUUCCCCCUUCUGAUCCGCGGUAUAAGAAGCGGAUUGAGGAAUGGUGGAUGCGGAUUAGGAAAGCGGCCAAGAAGAGCAAGUUGAGUAGACAUCUUCCUGAUGAUUAUAGGAAGAUGGCGUCACGGUAA